CGUACUGGGCCUCGUCGGGCUGCGCCGGGAAGUCGUUGCCCAGUCGCGCUCGCAGCAGCCCGAGGAGACGCGCCGCCACGGCCUGACAAAUGCCGUUAGAGAGGAUGGUUUGAGGGCUGUCCGGUCAACCUCCCUGGCUCUUCUCGCUUUUAGCGUAAGACCUUGAACAAUGGCAGCAGCACCGUCGGGACCCUCCGCUCCUGUGCCAGGGGGUGCCAGCCCUGGAGCCGUGGCAGUGUGGGAGUGGCAGGAUGAAUUUGGCAAGUGGAGGCCAUACCAAGGGAGCGUGUGCAGCUACAUCGAACAGUCUUUCCAGGCCUCUCAGCAGAAGGGGAAGCGCUUGGGGCCAGGGCCUGCCAACAGUAGCAUCCCCUUGGGCCAUGCAGAUGCCAUGUUGGCCCCGUACGUCAUCGAUAUCUCAAGCCUGAUGCAGUUCCGGCAGGACACGGGGACAAUGCGAGCAGUCCGUAGACACCUCUUUCCUCAGGACUCUGCUGCUGGGCAGGGGGUUAUCUGGGAGUGGCAAAACGAUGAGGGUGGCUGGUCGCCAUAUGAAAUGAAUGUCUCUGUGUUCCUGGAACAAGCCUAUUCCAGUGGCCAUCAGCAUGUGGACCUUGGGCCCCUAGGCUACAACUAUGACAUCAAUUUAAUAUCCCAAGUCCAGACCAACAAGACCACCCUCUACCGCCGAAGCAUCCAGAGGCGCUUGGACACUCCUUAUCCAGUGACUGCUGCCACAGGACCUCUUCACACGAGCAUGGCUUGCUCUUGCCAGCAGUGUUUGUUGAAUAGUGGGACUGGCCCUAUCACUACGCGGUAUCGGCACUCCAUAAACCUACCCAGCUCCUCGGCUGUACCUCAGGUUUCAAGUAGGACAACAGCAGUAAGUUCUUCCGGUCUUGGCUUCGUGCCCUAUAACAAGCCAGCCUUGUCUGGAUCAAGGUCAACCCCAAGACUGAACACACAUGGUGCAUGGGCGUUGCCUCAGCCUGCCAGCAUGGGAGGCCCCAGCACAGGAGGCCCAAGCGCAGGACAGCCCGUAUCAAAUGGUGUCAGUGUUCCAAAUCUGCCAGUUGUGAUGCCGAAGUCUAGCAAAGUGAACCAAGCUUUGGCAGGCAUCGCGGCUAUUCUGAUGUCAGCCACUGGACUUCCUGUGCAUCUAAGCUGUGUGCCGCAACCUGCCAGCACGCGUAGAGCCACUAAAAAAUACAGCUCAGUUAAGGAAGGGAGGAAGGUGGCCAAGAAAGGUGGUGUCUUAACGUCGCUUGUGCAAAUAUUUCCCUUUACAGGCUGGUGGAAGAGCCUGAUGGCGACUGUGAUGGACCCAGCUGCUGCAGCAUCAACUGAGCCUGAACUAGUGGUGAGGAAGUACUUGGAAGAGCUGCAAGAUGCCCCUCCUGAUGAGGAUUGCAUCAUCUGUAUGGAGAAGCUGGCAUCACCUUCUGGCUACAGCGAUGCAUAUGAGUGCAAGACAAUCAGACCUGAAACUGUGGGCCGACUGGCGAAAUGCCAACACACUUUCCACCUGCUCUGUGUUUUGGCCAUGUACACCAAUGGGAACAAGGAUGGGAGCUUGCAGUGCCCCUCCUGCAAAGCCAUCUAUGGAGAGAAGACUGGUACUCAGCCAAAAGGGAAGAUGGAGGUGUCAACUUUCCCUCGGUCCCUCCCUGGCCAUGAGGACUGUGGAACAAUAAAGAUUGUGUACCACAUCAGUAGGGGAAUUCAGGGUCCAGAGCACCCCAAUCCAGGGAUGCCAUAUACAGCAAGAGGCUUUCCCCGUUACUGCUACCUACCAGAUAAUGAGAAGGGCAAAAAGGUGCUUGAGCUAUUGAAGGUGGCCUGGAAGAGACGCCUGAUUUUCACAGUGGGCACAUCUAGCACAACUGGUGAGAGUAACACAGUGGUUUGGAAUGAGAUCCACCACAAGACAGAGAUGGACUCAAAUCUCAGUGGCCAUGGCUACCCUGACCCCAACUAUCUGGACAAUGUGCUGGCGGAGCUGGCAGCUCAGGGUGUCACCGAGGACUGCUUGAGACCAUGAGUUCCUCCAAUCCUGGAUUUGUACAGCGUCUGUGCAUUGCACACUCAAUGCCUACUCGAGCCUGUGAAUGGCAGCUAGUGCACUUAUUCCUGUUGCCUUAAGUUCCUGCAUCUAAUCACUUGUCACACUGAGCAAUAACACUAUAUUUGGAAGCCACAUGUUCUGUACAGUCUGUUUUCUGCAGAGAAGGCUAUUUUUGUAUAAUCAAAGGUCCUGCAAGUGUACAUUGUAGCACUGAUGCUGCAGCCAGGGCACACUUUGGAACAUGUUCAUUCGGUGGCUAAGCCUCUCCUUUCCCUGCGUGCUUCGAAAGCACUUGGGCAGGCAUGACUCUUGCCCAGGUGCUGACUUGGGGGAGGUCUUGCUGCCUUUGGAUCUGCAGCAAGUAGAAAGGGAUGGCCUUGCUUGUCCUGCCAGCAAACUGCAAUUGCGCCUCACUCAGGCACUUUAGGGUACCGCACCUUCCCCUGUUGCUGGUUUAAUACAUACUACUUUUGUGUUGUGGUCAUAAUAAAUGCUGCGUUGCCAUGGAGAAUUGCUGAUUAGCCUUGAAACAACA